AAAACACACAAGCCCUAGAAGUUGUCUGUUACUUCUGAAAACAAAAGGAGGGACGUGAAGAGCAUGGGCAGAAUUUUAGAAUAGAAUCGAAAGAAGGAAAGAACAGGGUAGGGCAGAUCCAACUCUAACUCAGCUCAGCUCCCUCCCCCGUCAAAACCAAACCGAACCAAUCAUGGCUAACCAAGAAGAAGACAUUCACCUCCAAAACCAACAAUCAUGGGGCACGUGGGAAGAGCUUUUGUUAGCAAGUGCCGUCAAGCGUCAUGGUUUCAAGAACUGGGAUUCCGUUGCUUUAGAACUUCAAACCAAAACCUGUCUUCCUCAUCUCUUAACCACUGCUCAAAUUUGCCAGCAGAAAUACCUUGACCUCAACCGCAGAUUCAAUACCACCACCACCAACAACCUCCAUCACAACCAUACACCGGAGGAGGAUAUUCAAGAUGAAGAACAAAACAACAUUAGCACUGAUAUUAUUAAUAAUAAUAUUGUAAGCGUUCCAUGGCUCGAAGAACUUCGUAAACUCCGUGUUGCGGAGUUGAAACAAGAGGUCCAACGAUACGAUGUUUCCAUCCUUACUUUGCAAUUGAAGGUGAAAAAAUUGGAGGAAGAGCGAGAAAGAAGCGUUCAAGAAGGAGAUGGCAAUACAGAGAAACCAGAUCUGAAGCCAGAUAGAUUGAGAAACGAGGGUGAACCGGGGAAACCGGGUUCGGUUUCAGGUGAGGAGUCGGACCGGGAGGACCGGUCGGUGAAUGAAUCGAAUUCGACUGCGUCGGGUGGGGGAGAAGAGGCGGUGGCGAAAUUAGAGGGAGUGGAACCGGUCCAGGGAGGGUCUGGUGAACCGGACCCGGUCGUGAGCGGGUCGAAUCGGAAAGCGAUGGAUGAGGGGGGUGGUGGUGGUAGUGGGGGGGACGAGUCGUGCGAGUAUGGCGACUCGGUGACUCAGUUGAGUAGUGAGUCGUUGAGUUCGGGGAGGAAGAGGAAAGGGAGCGAGAGAAAGGAGGAGGUUUCAGUAACAGGCGGUGAGGAAACGGUGGCGGUGAAAUCUGAACCGGUGGUUGGGUUUUUAGAGAUGAUUAGGGCCCACAGAAAUGGUUCACUUUUUGAAAGCCUGCUUGAGAGCCAGGAAAUGGGUGUGUAUAAAGACAUGAUUCGGCAGCAUAUGGAUUUGGAAGCAAUACAAACAAAGCUAGAACAAGGCUCCUACUCUCCUUCAAAUCUUUUGUUCUUCCGAGAUCUUUUGCUUCUCUUCAACAAUGCUCUAGUUUUCUUUCCCAAACACUCUGUCGAAUCGCUCACCGCCCACAAAAUCCGAUCCCUUGUCAUGGAUGAAAUGAGAAAAGAUACCCAAAAAUCUGAUUCUACUGUGGUGCCAGAAAAUAUUCCUUCCCAACCCAAACGUGAACUUGAAAGAUCAGAUUCAUUGCUCGCUAAACACAAGUCUACCAUCCCUAUUAUAGUUUGUCGUAAACGCAGUUCAAUAUCGGCCAAGCCUUCCUCUUCUAGCCUAGGGCAAAAGAUUGAGCAGCAGCAAAGCAAUGAGAACAACCUAGUUAAUGAUCUGAAACCGCCUGCUGUUGAGCAGGGUUUGCUAAAGAUGAAAUCUGAAGAGAAGCCUGUAACUGGUGCAAGAAGUACCAGGAGAGGUAAUAAGAAUCUUGCGAAGGGUUCUACUUCUCCGAGCAAGAAGCAAAAUACAAGCCCUGACACAAAAGUUGCUGCACCUGAUAAGUCUGAAACUCCUAAAACCGAAAAGAAGAAAAAUGAGGCAUUGCCAUUGGAGAAGAAAAAAAGUGCGGUUGAUUUCUUGAAGAGAAUAAAGAAGAAUUCUCCUGCAGAGACACCGAAGAAUAAUAAUAGAGGAGCUAGUAGUGGUGGAGAGCGAAAAAUGGAAGGAAGUGGUGGGAAAGGAGAGAGAGGGAAAGAAAGAGUGUUGAAGAAUAGUGAUAAAAAACAAGGAAAGCAGGAGAGUAGUCCAUCAAAGAAGAAUGUUGGGAGGCCAUCGAAGAAGGCAGCAGAGGAGAGUAGGGUUUCAGGAAAGCGUGGCAGGGACAGUGGCGGAAAGGAGGUGGCAAAGAGGCCAAGAAAGCGGUCUAGGAGGUAAACACCACUCAUAAAUGGCUGCUAUGGCUUCUGUAUAUUAUGUAUGUAGUGUAGAGUAGUGUUUGAUCACCCAAUCAGUUAGCAAUUCGUUGAUCUUUUAGUCACUGUAACAUUGUAUCAGCUAAUUCUUUUUACACUUGGUAGUUUUGCUACCAUUUCUUCUUUGCUUGUCAUUUACUUCCCCCCCUACUCGAGUGUAAUCGUUAUUUUAUUGAGGAUCUUACAAGACUUGACCCUUGAUUAACUGAUAGGGUUGCUCGUGAUUCAUGGGCUAAUGAUAAUUAGUGAGGGAAAUAAGUGUAGUACUGUACAAAACGAAGAAUGUUGUGGCAAUCAAGCCUUCUGUUUAAUU